GUACAUAGAAGGCAUACAAAGAUCGCUAAUUUUAAAUAUGUCAAGUUUUGUUUCUUCAAACAGGUUGGCAAAGUUUUUAAACUUAUGUACACUUUCGUGUCGCUAUAUUCCCUAUCAGGCUAUCAAUACAAUAUAACAUCAUAAUAUAGCCAAAAGCAUGUCUGCGGUUACUGAAGAUAGCAACUUAACAACAGACGCAGUGCCAAAUCCCAGAGAUGAAAAUAGGAAUGAUUUUCAAGACACCCCACCAGAAACUUUGCAUGCUAACAGUGCUUUUUUCAAUCACAAAAGAUUGAAGCAGAAGUUGACAAGGUUAAAGAAAACUACUUCAGCUUUUCCUGGCCAGGCUACAAUAAUAAAUAUCAAUAACUCAAAAGACGUCCAUGUAGGUGAUACAAUAUAUUACAAUGUUUCUGAAGCAUUUGAGACACCUAAGCCUAAGGAGUAUAUUGAAGAAAAUAGUGUCAUAAGAAAUCUGUUCAGUAGUCAAGAACCUGUUAGUCGUGAUGACAUUCUUUUUGUUUCUACACAUGUUAAUGGCACCUGGCAAGAUGUUGGCAGAGCACUUGACUAUUCUGAAGGACAGAUUGAACAAUUUGUCUUAGAUCACAAUACUUAUGGUAUCAAGGAGGUAAUAUACCAGCUGUUGCUAGAUUGGAUGCAGAAUGAACCUUCAAGAGCAACUAAAGGAAAUUUAUCGAAAGUGUUAUGGGAAAAAGAUCAGAGAAGUGUUGUUAAAAGGUGGUCUGAGAAAUUUUUGUGAAUUUUAUAUUUGUAUAUACUAUCACUUAAUGUAAGAAUAUUUUUAUAAAAUGGGUUUUUAAAAUAAGCAUAAUGUGGUGCUUAUCUCAAAAAAUGGUUCACUUCAUACAUUCACUGCAAGUCUUUGGAUUUUUUGCCAUCAACACAGUUUAUGUCAUUAAUUCUGUAUAGCAUCUGAAUUUCAUCAUUUCGUUCCAAAGUAUCUUCCAUAUCGAUUUACAUUAUUUUUUGGCUCAUGGAUCUUGAACCUAUUUUUUGUAUGCAAAUUGACAGAACAGUUGGUGUAUGAAAUGGGCACAUUUUCUAAUGUUGAAAUGUAUUGAAUUUUAUUAUAUUUCCCUUAACUUUGUAUAACUCUACCAUAAAGGAGAUUUUAUUGAUAAUUUUAUGCUACCUGUUUGGCAUAUAUCAUUUUUUUUAAUAUAUGUCUCUUAUAUAUACAUUUUUUUCACCACAUCUAUUCGGUCCAGUCCCAUAACUGGUUGCUGCUCUUAUUUUCUAGUAUUCUAAAAACAGAACGAGAAAAAGCGGUGAUAUUUUUUUUUUCAG